AUGGAAACAAGAAGUAGGGAAGGCUUAAAGGGAACUUCAAAGGAAGGAGGAUUACCUGAUUUUAUCGAAGUCAGAGAAGAGAGUGAAGAUGAUAGUCCGAUAGAAGCCUCGUCAAAGGUACAAUGUCAGAUGCCUGUAGCAGGAAAUACUUCAAAGGGCAAAAAGGUGAGGAAGAUGAGACGUCGGAAGAAGUAUAAGGUGGUCAAACUGAAUGAGAACGUAUAUAAGUCGGAAACUAAAACUUCUACAUUCAAAGUUGUUCCGUUGUCAAUGCCGCCACCACAGCCAUCAUUCAAUUUCCGGGCUAGACUGCUUCAAAGCAGAACGAAAAAUCAAAGGCUGACAAAAAUGGAGCAAGCUGGUUUGCAACACAAAAACAAGUGGUUUGCAGCAACAAGACCAGCACGUCGUUGA